AUGAUUAAUUUGAAUGAUAUUGCCAAUGUUAAACUAAAACAUGUGGAAAAACCUAUCGAGAAGAGUUCUCUAGAUUACAAAAAGAUGUCUUCAUCGGAAUGUUCCAUCUCUUGGCUUCAGCUUGAAAACGAAAAUCUCUCUCGAUAUCGACAGAAUCAAAUAUUGGCUCAAUUGGAUCAAUGGAUUCCUCUUGUUCCUUCGGAAUUGACUUUUGAUACUCUCUUCAUUGACAUUGAAAAAGAUGUUGCCUUGUUAUUCAUUGAGUAUCACGAAAAAUUGGAAUUAUUUCACCAGCAUUCAGUGGUACAUCCGUCCGAUCACACCUAUUGCGAAGCAGACGAAUUCGUCAAUCAAUUACUGAAUUCCAUGAAAAAAGAAAAUUCUAUUCAAAAACUGCAACAACAAAUCGAUGAAUGUCGAUUAUGGAACAAACAAGUACGAUCCCCUCUAUUUUUCAAAUUAUCUUCAAGAUCUCCAAAAGAUGUCACAAGAAUGAAUGACAAGAAUGUCGAUGAUUUAUUUGAACAAGAUUUGAACGAUCAUUACACCACCGAAUUGAAAAAACAAAUAAUUCCAAUAGAAUUUUAUCUUUCACAAGAGCUGCAACAAAACUUCUUCAAAGUGUAUCAAGAUUUAAUUGAAACCUAUGUUGAUUUUUGGAAUGAAUCCUCUCCAACAAAGAAUAAGAUCGCUCUCCGUGAAUGGGAUCCCACCAUUGAUAUAAGAUUUGAAUUAAGAACUUUUGUUGUAAAUUCAAAGUUGAGAGCAUGUAGUCAAUAUAAUCAUGUCAUUUAUGUUGAAGAAUUGGAAAAGUAUCAAUUUGAAAUUCGAGCACUCAUUCACGAGACGAUUCAUUAUUUGCAAGAAAACUUCUUUAAGGGCGUAUUCACAACUUACGUGGCAGAUUUUGUUAUUUACCCAAAGUUUUUCUAA